AUGAACUCAACCGCGGACUCGAACUCUCAGGAUCCUGCUCGGACGCACCAGAACGGGAGCGGCGACCGCGAGCGAGGGGGCCCCGCCCAGGCCCAGGCCGCCCUCCCAGCAGGCUCGCGCGUUGGUCCCGACCGGGGGCGCUACCUCAUCGUCCGGAAGAUCGGCUCGGGGUCCAGCGCGACGGUGUAUCGCGCGUUCGACACUCGGGACCAGCGCACCGUGGCGAUCAAGCUGUUCGACAUUCGGGAGGCGAGUCAAGGGACGGAGAAAGGGCUGACGCUGCGAUCGAAGCUCGCGCGCGAGAUCGCUAUCGGCCGCGAGUGCGGCACCAUGGACUGCGUUGUGAGGCUCGAGGAGUGCUUCGUCCAGGGCGACCUGCUCGCCCUCGUCAUGGAGUUCGUCGACGGCGAGGACCUGCUCGCAUGCAUCAACAGACACGACCGGCGGCUCGGCGAGAGCCUUGCUCGCCACUUGUUCCGGCAGCUCUGUGGCGCGGUCGAGAGCCUCCACGCCUCACAACUGUGCCACCGCGACAUCAAGCCGGAGAACAUCCUGAUCGAAUACGGGACGUAUCGACUCAAGAUCUGCGACCUCGGACUCUCCAAGCACAUCCAGUCGGCGGUGACUCUCGGCAUCGGCACGCCCGGGUACCUGGCCCCGGAGCUGAUCAUCGCCACCGAGGACGCACCGCGUCAGGGCCAGUACGACGCGAUGAAGGCCGACGCGUGGGGCGUCGGCGCGAGCCUGUACCUGAUGGUGGCGGGCUGGUAUCCGUUCUCCUCCCCAACCGAGGGGGCGCACAACUCAUCCCGCGCCAUCGCCAGCACCCUGCGCAACCAGGUGGCGGGCAGGAUGCGGCCGCUGCCGGAGCCUCUGCGCGGGUCCCCCGUGGAGGACCUCAUCAAGCGGCUGCUCGAGCCCGACCCGCGGAAGCGAGCGAGCAUCGCCGAGGCCAUCGCACACCCGUGGACGCAGAGCGCGACGGAGCAGGGGUAG